AUGGAACCGUGUGUUGCUGAUAAAGCCCGUCUUGGGAAUUUGGGAAUGUCUUGAUACUCCGAGGAGGCAGGCAUUCCGCUGUCUUUACACGUGAUAGCGAAUGCGGUAGAUGGGAGCCGAACCACUCUGACGGUUAGCUGACGGAUUGCCGACCGUGCGGAGCUUGCGAUUCUGCGCUCGCGCUACCACAGCAUCGGAAAUGCGACAGGCAUGGAAUCUCUACGCUCGUCUCAUGCGCGAUCACCCGGCGAAGACGCAGUUUAUCACCACGGCCACCGUGAUGCUGUCGGGUGACCUGAUCGCCCAGAAAGUGCUGGAACGACGGCCCGACAUCGAUGUGCCUCGAGCGGCGAGGUUCUUCAUCAUGGGCAUCGGAUUCGUCGGCCCUGCUCUCCGAGUCUGGUACAUCACGCUUGAACGCAUUGUCGGCAGCGGCGGCGGGCGGGCGAUGGUCGUCAAAAAGGUGUUCCUCGACCAAGCCGUGUUCACCCCGGUGUUCUUGCCGAGUUUUCUGGUGACUCUCGGGGCGCUCCAGGGACGUUCGUGGGGCAGCAUUAAGGACACAGUGCGGGCCGACUUCCUGCCCAUCCUGAAGGCGAACUACAUGCUGUGGCCCGCAGCGCAGCUUAUCAACUUCAGAUUCGUUCCUCUCAGCUACCGAGUGCCGUUUGCAAGCUGCGUGGCGCUCGUCUGGAACACUUACUUGGCCUGGAAGGCCAAUAGGACGCAGCCGGCAUAACCAACAACAACGAUUGUUAAAUAAUAUGUCAACUUGUUGCCUGAUGGUCCAAGAACUGCUUGUAAUUUCUAUAAGUCAGUUUUAGCUAGAUCAAAGUCAGUUUUUACUACAUAAUCUGUGUUGUCUGUACACAAACGGAUUCAAACACGACAUCAAAUGUUUUAGUAUAAUGACUGGUAUGCGCAAUCGCUCGAAAUAACCAUGUUAUGUCGCGACGAAUCUGGUCUAUAAAGAUAAUGUUGGCUUUGAUCUGUUCGUGCAAGUCGGAACUGCACCAAUACAACCCGAACUGAAGACGGUGGAAACACAUGUACGUGUAUUACUUAACCCUAACUUGUUCCGUUUCAAUCCUGAGUACUGUACAUGAUGUCACUGAAGUUGGAAUAAUAGAGCUGAAUUAGUUGGUAGAUAUUCAUGUUAAAAGACUGGGUGUGCAAACGCAGGACGGACACGAGAGAGAAGUCUCGGCAUUUGUGGUGUCUUCACUUCUCUCUUGUGUCCGUCCAAGUUUGCACAGCCAGUCUUUUAACAUGUCAAGAGAGGUCAUACAUGACUUCUGAGCUCAGGUGUUUCUUGCACUCUGUUGCACAUGUUGCUCUAAUGGGCGAAUACAAACGGCUCUUUCCAGGCACACUUGUGCCCACAACAACACGGAUGUCAAGAGUUUUGUGCUGUGCAACAAACUCGGUUUUUGCUGCUUGUUUCAACUUGUGGACACUAAAGUCAUGAUUUUUCUAGGGACAGCUAUAUAUAUUCUAUUUCUUACUUAGCAUACAAAGACUUUUCACUGCAAAAACUUCCCAUGUGCGGUCGUACGGGUAUCACGGCAUGCGUUUUGUGGUGUUGCUUGCGACCUAGGAUACUCCCUACAGAGCCACUAUGUCGUAUAUAACUACAUGUCAGAGUGAGCUUGCAUCAAGUUAUGCGUCACUUGCGCACUGCUGCCAGCAUGCAACAUGUUAUGUUUUGGUAUUGAGUGCAAUCAGUGUCAUGGUUGCUCUUCACAGAAAUGUCACCCCACAAGGCUCAUAAUUACAUUCAUAUCUAGAAUGCCCUUCAUGUAUUAUGUCUAAGUGCAUCCCAUUUUGAGAUUAUUGUUAGAUUAUAUAUAUGCUACACCAAACUGCAUGACACGUCUAUGUCUGAUAUGUGAUGCGCUAUUUCGUGGUCGCAAAUUGGAAUAGCGAGAGCAUCUUUGUAGCAAUGCUUGCCAUGUAUGAAGUGGAGCACGGAUGUUGUUCAUGACUAUUUAUGUGUAGUUGGCACCCAGUUGCACACAUUGUUGCUGUUGUGUGCAUAUGGACAUUUUGGCUGUCCUGUCAUCCCCAACCACCAAUUUUGAUGCCGAAAGCUUCAUGCAACAAAAAAAGCUUGCACCUUUUAGAUGCCCUUCGUCCAAGAAACUUGGAUGUUCUACUUCAUGAUCCUGAAGAUACCUCGACUGCAGUGUGUCAAGACUAUGGCAUUUCAGACCAUAUUGCAUCGUACCAUGCUGUGCUUGCAACAACGCAUCACAAUCUUGGAGGCCAUUCAGAGCUGUUGCACUUUCUGUUAUUGUGUGUUAAGGUUAAAGUAUUAUAUAAGAGGUAAAUAAAUGAUUUUGCUUUAUUUUCUGACAUAUUGGACUGGUGUGUACGCGUUGAUAUGUUAUAUUUUUCUUUUUAUACUACGGAAUAUAUUUUAGCUUAGGCGGUAUAUUAACAGGUGAGCAGUAAGUUCAUCAAAGAUUGACA